AUGUUACUCCGGUGGAAACCGACUCAGCGAGCUCUAGACCUGAGCUACGAUGAAGAGAACAGGUUCCUCGAGAGGAGAAAUUUCCGCACCUCCUUCGGGUGGGUCGCCACCGGCUGUUUGAUGCCCCUCGCUAUCCCUGGAGAAGUUGAUAAUUCCGCUAUUCCUGGAGCCCGAGAGGUCGCAGUUAUCCAGGUACUGGGACAGGUAGUGAAGGUGUCCACAGUCGAUGGUGGUCGCUGGUCGGGUAGCGGGGCUCUUUCGCGGGCUAAUACCCAGCACAACUUUCACCACGGCCUGGCUAUAUCUACCGGGGGAGAAGGUGCGAGGGAACCCUCUGAAGGUCUUCAACAAGACGCUUUUUCACAAGACGCUUCAGGACGUUCUAUCGUCCCAUUGAAGACCUCUUCUCUGGAAAUCGCUCUUUAG